AUUUCAUCCCAGCUGUUGUUCCUCGCUCUGCCGCAAGCUCUGGAAGAGGCUCUGCACAAUUUUCUUCCCUCGUCCCGCUCCCAGCAUCACCCUGCUGCCAAGAGGAGAGGACUCAUGCAACCUGCAGGCUGCCUGCAUGCAGGGGGUGGCAGCUGCUCCGGCACCAUCUUCUUUCCACCGGGGUGAAUGUGAAGCUAAUCCCAGCUUCUCGUCUCAGCCACACUGAUCUAGUUAACGGUAACGCCUUUGGCUUUAGGGAAUGGAGGAGUCUGGAUUUAGAUCUGCAUCACCAGAAGCAAAACGCGGCCAGCAGUGUGUGCUGGUGUCACAGAUGCAUGGCAAAGUGAAACAACAUCCACAGGCAGCGUCCCAGGAGAGGUGACAAACCCCUUCUGCUUCCAGCCCUGCAGCCUGCUGCUGUCUCCUCUCCUUGAAAUCUGUGCUCUUUAAAAAGCAAGUGACAGAAAGUAGAGGGGCACCUUAAAAAACAAAUAGACAGCAAUAGGGGGAAGAUACACUGCCUCUAAGGUCCUGGAAAAUCUCUAUCCCUGCUCCUAGGAAGGCCUGGAGAGCAAACCCAAGACUACAGAAAGCACGGGGUAAGAGGCAGAUCAUCUGAGACAGGUACAGGACAGCAUCAGCCUUGCCCCCACCUCUCCCUGACACUCGUCUCCCAUUAAUUAAUUAGCUUGGACCUUUUAAAGUGUACGUGGCCCCUCAACCAAGUACAAACUGAUUUCCACUCAUCCUUACCGAGUCCCUCUCUCUGUCCCCAGGCAGCAUGGCACAGAGAAGAGCUCCUGCUGCUGCCGGCACUGCUGGGAGCCUUCUGCCUGCAUGGGCAUUACACUGCCUGCUCAGGCUUUGCAGCCGCUUGGUUUAUUUCUAUAUAUAAACUUCGGAGAUGCUUCCAGCACAGCCCAGCCAGCCUGAAGAGGGCACGCAGGGCUGCGUGGUGUGGGAUCAGCGCGGUUCUCCAGCUACUCCCAAGCAAACUGGCCGACCUGUGCUUAGCAGCAGGGUACUGGCAGUCUGCAGAUGCUUGCAUCCCGUCAGAUCCAGACGACGUGCUGCAUUUACCCCAGCUCCAGGAGCCAUACACUGCAAAGCACACGUAGAUCAUCCUCCAUUGGCUUAUGUGCAACUGAAUCAUGCUAAGGAGUCAUAGACCCAUCAGCUUGCUGCUUCAUGCUCAGUUUGGUUUGGGAGCGACUGCAUGCCAGGAUGGCAACUUCAAACCUGGAGAACCAGCUACACAGUGCCCAGAAGAAUCUACUCUUUCUUCAGCGAGAGCAUGCCAACACACUGAAAGGCCUGCACGCUGAGAUUCGACGCCUGCAGCAGCACUGCACAGAUUUAACCUAUGAGCUGACUGUAAAGACUUCAGAUUUGUCAGAAAAUGGUAGUUCAAGAAGUGAUGAACUCAAAAGAAAGUGUGAAGAUCUUGAAGCUCAACUGAAAAGCAAAGAGGCUGAAAACAAUGAAUUAUUGAAAGAACUGGAACAAAAGAAUGCAAUGAUAAUGGUGCUGGAAAACACUAUUAAAGAAAGAGAAAAGAAGUAUUUGGAAGAGCUAAAAAUGAAAAGCCAUAAGCUCAAUAUGCUGUCAAGUGAACUGGAGCAGAGAGCAAGCACUAUUGCUUAUUUAACUUCUCAACUGCACGCUACUAAGAAGAAGCUGCUGAGUUCCAGUGGGACUUCAGAGGGGACCCCUUCUGGCAGUCCAGUGUUGUCCAACUAUAAGCCAGCCCCUCCCAAAGACAAACUGCCGGAGACUCCACGACGCAGAAUGAAGAAGAGCCUGUCAACACCACUCAACCCUGAGUUUGAAGAGGCCUACAGAAUAGGAUCGGAUAGCCGGAAGCUGCUGCUAAGAGAGCCUGUGGAUGCCAUGCCUGAUCCCACUCCGUUUUUGUUGGCCAGAGAAACGGCAGAGGUCCACCUUAUCAAGGAGAGGCCGUUGGUUAUUCCACCAAUUGCUUCAGAUCGAGCAUCCGGUGAAUCACACAGUCCGGCCCGAGAGAAGCCACACAAGGCACACAUUGGGGUGGCGCAUCGCAUCCACCACGUCGCGCCAUCCCAGCCUCAGCCGGAGGUUGAAACGCUGGCAGUGGAUCAGGUCAACGGAAGCAAAGUGGUCAGAAAGCACUCAGGGACAGACAGAACUGUUUAAGUAAAAUCACUUGCUCUAUUCUGUUGCUGUUUAUGCACUGUGAUCCUAUAGGAUAAAUAGCACCUGCAGUAAAGUUUCUUUUGAUGCCCCAUGCAUGCCAAACUUCUUCCAGAUACAUCAUUAAUAGAUUAUUCUCCUCUAAUGAACCCUAAUAGGACUGUGUUCAUAUGGCAAGGCAUAUAACUACUAAAUGCUGUGGCCAAAUCAGGGGUACCUGACCGCUUGCUUCUGAGCACUGCUCCAUUUAUGGUAACUACACAUGUGGACAAAGGCACAGGCUGCAGGCUGUGUUAUUAUUGUUAACGAAAACAAACUUAGCUCUAACCCUGCAGCAAUAGGUAACGGCUGUUAGCAUUUAAAAUAGCAACAGGUCUUUUGUCUCCACUGUGUAUGUAGCAAUUCGUACACAAACAUUAACUUCCAUGACAAAGCCUUUUCUCAUGGUAGCAUUGAAAAUAAUGCAGCUGCAGCUAUACUUUAAAAGGCACUAAGGACUUUUUACCUUCAUAGGCUUUUGGUUGCAAAUUGUGUUCAUAGUUUCUCUGGCUCAAAAAUCCUGAGAGUCCCAGCAAGUAUUACUUAUUAGUCCUAAAUACUUUGGUUUGUGGCUUUAAGUUU